AUGGCAGGAGAGGCAAUUCUAUCCUUCGCAAGCGAGAUCCAGAAGCAAAUCCAGGCAGACGGCCGCGAACUCCGAAGUCUACACCUGGAUGCAGCCACGUCGAACAAGCUAGACAGCUAUCUCAGCCAUCUGCCAAUUUUUACAAGCACCUCUUCCCCCUCCAUCCGCCGGCGUUUCGAUCACAUAGGCACGGACUUGUGGAACAGCUGCACGCAGCGUAUGACCCACUGCAGCGACCCAAUAUCAUCCGCGGUCUUGUGCAAAGUCAAAGCGUUCGCAUGGGCUAUGCUCGACACUGCCGUCUCGAAUAGGAGUCCAGGGAGUUUCAGAGUCGUGGAGACAGCUAACAAGCUGGUCAAGUCUUGCAUAGAACAUGAUUGCGUCGCCAUCAGCUUGAAAGUCAUCGAAGCGAUAGCCAUGCGGCUGGAUGCGCUCGAGCACUUGGAGACAGAUGUCGGUGAAGCGAGAUUGCGCCAGUGCAGCGUGCAUUACUAUGCGCUUCGGGUCCACUUGUUCGAGCGCAUAUAUACCUUGAUACGCAUGACUCUAAAGACAAUCUUGCGAGAGCCCUCGAGCAGCUCAAAUCUGUAA